ACGAUAUACAUUAAAAUAUAACACAGAAGCGACUUACAAGACUGCCUAGCCGAUACUUAUUUUUAUCUUAAUGGGAAGCGACUCCAUUUUGUAUAAAAUUCUUAAAACCGGUGAUGUUAAUACAUUCGAGGUGUUUUUCCGAGCCUACCGGAAAGGCCCGAAAAGUUGCGAUUGACGAAAGAUGUCUGUAUAUCGUGCAUAUGCCAGUGUGUAUAGUAGACGACUAAAAAUUAUUUGUGACAUGCGCACUAAAACUGAAAGUUGACUUACGGUGAGAGUUAUCCAAUGGCGAGUGCUAGUGUUGGCGUGGUGCCUCGCCAACACCGACUGUUCGUGGCUGCCAUUGACUUCGGUACGACUUACUCGGGGUACGCUUUUUCAACAAAGGACGAUUGGGAGAAAGAGCCUCUAAAGAUUUUUUUUAACAACUGGAAUGCAGGAAACCUACUGUCUAGAAAAGCAUCGACCACUCUUUUGCUAAAACCCGACAAGAGCUUAAGUUCGUUUGGAUACGAUGCCGAGACAAAAUAUGCAGAUAUGAUCGAAGAUAAGGAGAAUUUCGAAGACUAUUACUACUUCCACUGCUUUAAGAUGUUGCUUCACAAUAAUAAAAAAUUACGUCGAGAUACGGAGAUAAAGGAUGCAACAGGGAAACCCCUAAAAGCUAUGCAUGUGUUCAGUCAGUCCAUCAAGUUCCUUCGACAAAAACUUUUUGAAAGCCUAGAAGAAAAGUUUACGGAUAUUCAAAAAGAUGAUAUACACUACGUCCUGACUGUUCCCGCAAUUUGGGAUGAUAACGCAAAACAAUUCAUGCGAGAAGCAGCAGUAAAGGCUGGUAUAUUGGAGAAACAAUUAUCUUUAGCUCUGGAACCGGAAACUGCGUCCAUUUACUGUCAGCAACUGCAACAAACGCGUCAAACAGAUGAAGGAGGGGCAUCAUUCCUCGAUGUCGCAGAAACAGGAACAAGGUUUAUGGUGGUGGAUCUUGGAGGUGGGACCACUGAUAUUACGUUCCAAGAACGCUGUAUAGACGGCAAACUGAGGGAAAUUCAUCGGCCCAUGGGUGGACCCUGGGGAGGGAGAAAUAUCAACGAGGCUUUCUUUGCUUUCAUAGAAGAAAUAUUUAAGGAAGAUGUGCUCGAUAAAUUUAAAAAGGUCUAUAUGGACGAUUAUCUUCAUAUGGAAAGACAAUUUGAAACCAAAAAACGUGCCUUUACCUCAGAAUCUGGAGUUGUCAAAAUACCAUUUCCGCUGUCUUUGAUCGAGUUGGCAAAAGCAAUCUGGAAAACGGACUCUGUUGAUGAAAUAAUGAACAAAAAUUCGAAAUACGCAGGGAAAGUAAAAACCGAAACGCAAAAGUUUCAUAUACCCAAAGAUGUUUUUAUUUCAUUAUUUCUUCCUACUGUGGAUAAUAUAAUAGCCCAUAUUCAAAAGAUUGUUGAAGACAAUUCUGUUUCAUUUAACUACAUUUUAUUGGUCGGUGGUUUUGCUGAAUGCAAUAUUGUUCAAAAACGAUUUGAUGAUACAUUUAACGAUAAAAAGGUAAUCAUACCGGAAGAAGCCGGACUGGCCGUUCUAAAGGGCGCUGUUCUGUACGGCCAUAUGCCACAAAUAAUAGCAACAAGGGUAGCCCGGCACACGUACGGAAUUGAAAGCUAUCCAAAAUUCGUUGACGGGAAACAUCCUGUUUCCAAAAGAGUUGUCAUCGAUGGUGUAGCCAGAUGUAAGGAUGUCUUCUUUAAAUAUGUAACCAUUGGACAAGAAAUCACUCCAGGGUACAAACUUUCUCAAGAUUUUCAAAUCUUAAACCUAGAAAAUAACACACUAGAGUGUACAAUAUUCGCCUCUUGGGAGAAAAAUCCGAAAUUUAUCACGGACGAGUCCUGCUUCAAGCUUGGAACACUUACGGUCCCUCUGCCAAAGCAGCGAUCCAGUGAGCCUCUUAAUAUCGAGGAAAGAAUGGUGUUUGGGGAAACUGAUCAUGAAUUGCACUUUUUUGUGAGAGAUAAAAUCAAUAACCGUACAUAUGAUGGCGAUUUCUUUAACCUUCUGGACAAUUGAAGAUCUUAUAUCUAAAUGGGGAAAAAACAACAAUCAUUGUUUUAUGGCAUUAUUUUUACAUUUUACAGAUUUAUCAGAUCAUGUUAUAACACUAAGAAUAUCAAAUUUGAAACGUAUAGUCAAAAAUAUUUCAUCAAUGAUGCAAAUGACAUAUACGAAAUUUUUGGGAGCAAAUGGGGUUUACUUAACUGUAGGAAAUGAAAAUAACGUAUCAAGGUCAAUAAUUUAAUAUUUAAUCGUACAAUUGCUAAAAAAAUGUAUAAAUAUAAGCCAUAAGGAAUCAUUAUUUGAAUAUCA